AUGUGGGCCUUCGACAACGUUGGGCUCCUGAAGCCGACCGAGUUCCACUACGCUGAGAAUCAGGACAAGCCCUUUACUGACAAAGAGCUAGCAUUUUUCGUAAAGCUUGAGGAUAUCCUCGACCAACUGAGGCUGUCCCAACUCUUUGGGUUGAUCCGGUACCCUGGAGAUGACUUUUCCGGGUCCUGCGAGUUUACUGAAGGAACUGCCAACAUUAAUCUCAGCCCGGGAGAUAUGAGUGGCUAUCUCCCCUACUGUUGCUGCACCUGCAAUGCUUCCACGGAGGAUCACGCUCAUGGGACGCAUGUAUACACCACCUAG